UAUGGUGGGAAUUUCAUCAAGGAAAUAUCGCUUGGUCGGGUCCUAAUUGACGGUGGCCGGCCAAUUGCUCGGCGCGGCUGUCCGCGGGGUAUUCUAAAUCUUAGCUAAGGUGGGCAGGUACCUCACGAUAAUCAUGGGAAAUAUAAACAUUUUUGCGAUCUUGUGACAUGUAUCUUUACCUGUUUGUCCUACAACUAUAUAUUUCAUUGCAUCUUCUAAUCCCUCGUCAUUCUCUUCUUGUAAAUACUAUAAAAAUAUAUAUAUUUAAUCUCGAUCAUUACUUUGGUAGUUUAAGCAAAGCCAAAAAUUGCUAACGAUAAAACUCAAUUAACAAAGAAACAAGUACGAAGUAUAAGGCAAACAUCCAUCCCUUAAAGCUCGAAGCGGGGCAUCGACACUUACACGCAGCUAUUUUCCCUUUCGCUUUCUAUUUCCCCGCGACUUAUCUGAGAAUACCUACCUACAUACCUACCUCUACCAGGUACAUAAUCAUAAUCGCAACUCAACAAUAUGUCGGGCCCUGUACCUACGGUCACUGCAUUGCAGGACAUAUACACCCAACAGGCUCUAAAUGAACAAACUGUGAGGUGGAACAAGCUGCUUGACAAGUUUCAGGCCCUCUAUGGCGCCCCCGCCCAAUUCGUCUCGCGAUCGCCUGGUCGCGUGAAUAUCAUCGGCGAGCAUAUCGACUACUCUCUUUACUCGGUAUUGCCCAUGGGAAUGACUCCCGAUGUCAUCCUCGCCGUAUCCACCGAUCUAGAGCCCUCACAAGAAGGCAGCUACAAGAUCAAGAUAGCUAAUGUCGACAACGAGCGAUUCCCAACUCGCGAGUUCGAUGUGUCUUACAGCGAGGUCGAUAUCGACGCAACGAGACAUGAAUGGACCAAUUACUUCAAGUCUGGGUUGAGGGGGGCGUUACAAUUGCUAAGGAAGAAAUAUGGAGACGAUUUUAAACCCAAGAGUAUGCAAGUGUUGAUGGACGGGACAGUGCCUGCUGGUGGUGGUCUCAGUUCCAGCGCUGCCUUUGUAAGCGCCAGCGCAUUGGCUGUUAUGAUUGCCAACGGCGAACGUGAUGUCGACAAGAAAGCUCUGACCGAGGUUGCUAUCGUCAGUGAGCGGGCUGUGGGUGUCAACUCUGGAGGAAUGGACCAGUCCGCUUCAGUAUUCUCCGAACGAGGAUCGGCUCUCUUGGUUUCUUUCACUCCGUCCCUCUCGGCGCGGCCGGUCUACUUUCCUAAAACGAACCCUGAACUGUGUUUUAUGGUCGCGCAGUCAUUCGUCACUUCAAAUAAACAGGAAACCGGCCCAAUUCACUAUAACCUCAGGGUCGUCGAGUGCAGCAUGGCAGCAGCAUAUCUAAAUGCCAAGUUGUGCCCUAAGGGAACUGAACUUCCUAAAGAUGCUGGCCCACUAGGUGUAUCCAUACGCGGAUUCCACCAAAAUUACUUCAAGGAUACCACCAAGUCGAUGCCGGAACAACUUACCGAAUUGAUUGAGCUCACCAAGUCCACGCUUACCCAGGAGCAAGGAUACACUGUGGAAGAAGUUGCUUCGGGUAUCGGUAUCUCGGUUGAUGAUGUAAAAGCUCGGUUUAUGUCCAGCUUCCCCGUACGGGGUGAAUACUUCAAGCUCCGUCAGCGCGCGCUGCACGUAUUUACCGAGGCUCGGCGUGUUCUCCAGUUCCUAUCCCUUCUAGAAGAUCCGGCACAGGCCCCCGACUCUGAGCACACAGUCGAGUACAAUGCUAAGCUCGGAAAACUACUGAACGAAACUCAAGACUCGUGCCGAGAUGUUUAUGAGUGUAGUUGUCCCGAGAUAGACGAGUUGUGCAAGAUUGCGCGUGAGGCCGGGAGCUACGGUAGCCGGCUGACUGGUGCCGGUUGGGGUGGAUGCAGCGUCCAUUUGGUGCCCGCCAAUAAGAUUGACGAUAUCAAGAAGGCGUUGCUCGAUAAAUAUUACUCUAAGCGGAACUUAAGUGAAAAGGACCUAGAGGGAGCAAUUGUCGUCAGUCGGCCGAUGAAUGGCAGUGCAGUCUUCAAACUGAAGGAAGGGAAGAUUUAAUCCAGCUAGGUUAGUAUAUACUAUAUAGCGUAGAGGUAUGCUGUUAGUAAUUGUAGAGCAUAGAUAUUAUGUGGACCCUCGACUCGAUUUCUCAGUUACCUUUUUGUGUUCAUAGGUACGUUCAGACGACUUUGCCACUCUAUCAUAGGUACUCAUAAUUCCCUACUUAAGCCUCGAGGCAACUGCAUCUAGUUGCAGUAUCACAGCUUGAUAAUAUUUAGGGGAAAACACGGAAUAUAGACUUGAGCGAUUGCGUAGCUACACAAUAUUGAAAAUAAUAUCAAUAAUUAGUCCCAGCCUUUGUCAAUAGGAGGGGGUUGUGAGGUGAUUGGCCACACUGCUAGCCUUAUUACCUGUUUAGGAAACAGUUUUCUUUGUAUCGAAGUGAGGUAUCUAUGACCUGGAACUGGAAUAUGAUCUAAUGUAUUAUCCCAGAAUCAUACUGAAGUUAGAUAAUAUGAUUUCGACUUCAGGUAAUAUUAGAUGCCUUAAC